GGUUGUACUUGUCACUAUUUGAUGUCCUGCAGCUGUCAUGUUCUAUCACUCUGUUAGAUGAUCCUGUCAGGUCUAUGUUCCUGCUUGAAGGUGUUUGGAUACUCAACAUUAUAUCAACUGCAGUGGACCAGAAUCAGAGCUCAGAGAGGUACCAGGUGAAGUCACACAUCAGAGCUACUACUAAACUACUUGUCAGUACAGUUAGAGUCAUACAGUAGAUAUUACCAUUACAAGUCAGUUAGAAAGGUUAUCAAACAGUUAGUUAAGAUGGAUGCCUACGUCAACAAAGAGGUUGUUGAAAACAAGAAUGGAGCAAUGAGGAGAGUGACGACUGAGACACAUCCCUCAGCACCUGACGGUUCAGGGAGAAGACUCUACGGGAUGGUUGCUGUAAGCUUUGGGAUGCUGUGUGUUCUACAAGUCGCUCUCAACAUCUCCCUGCGACUAGAAUCAGACUGUCUGACUGAAGAGACAGACCAGCAACAGAGGGAGAAAGAUGAUCUUAUGGGAACGUUUUCUAAUCCGGGCUGGAACAAGUUUGAAUCCUGUUGGUACUUCGUCUCUUCUGAGUUUAAAACCUGGAGUGAGAGCAGACAGGACUGUGUGGAGAGAGGAGCAGACCUGGUGAUCGUAAACAGCAUAAAGAAACAGAGAUUUAUCUUUGCCUUCAACAAGAGAGCCUGGAUCGGUCUGACUGACAAUGAGACUGAGGGGUCCUGGAAAUGGGUAGAUGGCACACCACUGAUAACAAGUUACUGGAUAAUCGACCAGCCUAAUAAUGGACGAAGUGUUUCAACCUUUCCGGGGGAGGACUGUGUUGAAUUACAAAAUGGACAAGACCAGCCUGAAAAGACAUGGAAUGAUUUAAAUUGUGCACAAAAACGUAUCUGGAUUUGUGAGUUGUGUAACAAUAACUCACCGUAACAACUACCCAUCCACCAUCUCCCCUUUUCUAUCUCUCUCUAUGACUCUCUCUGACUCUCCCUCUGUCUCCAUCCCUACUAAUUUAUGUUUUUUUCAUUCUGAACAUAUAAAUCAAAUUCCCAUUCCCAUCCCAUUUACAGUACUUCCUGGGAUGCAUUAGUAGCUUCCUGUCUUCAGUAGUUAAAUGAUGGACACAUCAGACACAGACAAUGAUUGAGACACAACAACACUAAAAGUAAACAGCUGCAUUAGAACAGAUAGAAAGGACCAGUAUGAGGUUGUUAAGUCAGUACAGUCGACUCCUGAUAGGUGCACAUCAGAUAAGUGUGAGACCUGGGUUCAAAUACAACUUGAAAUCGUUCAAAAGCUUUGAUCGUUUGCUUUAGCCUGCCUUCAGAGCCAGGUGGGUACUGGGGCUUUUCUGUAGCAACAGAAGUAUUUUAAAUAAUUUCAUAUAGAGAGGCAUUCUGGUAGUACUCCUUAGACACUGGAUUCAUUUAUUAGGUCUCGUAGUCUCCGAAUUCACAGACACCCAAAUGUAAAUUUUGAAAUGGCCUAUUGAUUAACAAGACACACUGUUUAUCUUAUUAUUUUGUGCUAUAAUUUGCAGUUUACCUUGGAACAUAUUAUCAUUAGAAUUAUUUUACAUUGUUGUGUCUCAAUGGGCCGCAAGGCUAUAAAUAGUAUUUAUGUGCAAUGGUCAGGUCACUCUGAGGAAGAUGUCAGCUUUAUGUUGAAAUGUCAGUCACCUGUUCGCAUCCUGUACAAUGUAUUAAAGUGAGCAAUAA